UUGCGAUGUAAGUCACGUCUCUCAUUAAUUGCUUUCUUAAUUUCUUGCCCUUAGAUUAUGUUGAAGUUAAAUUCCUUUGUUAAUUUGUAUUGACAUUGCUUGGAUUUAUAGGUAAGGUGAAAAUUCCUAAGCGUAAAUCAGAUGGUUUUAUGUCGUUCAUUGGACAUCUUGACAGGCGGGUUAAAUUAGACAAGAAUAUCCAACCGGGAAAUGCUAGAUACAAUUCAGCAUUGGCUGCAAUGGCGGCUAAAUUAGCUUAUGAGAAUAAGGGCUUUAUUAAAAGAACAGUUGAACAACAUUGGAAGAUGAAAUUCAUUGAUAAGGAGUACGAUUUUUGGAAUGAUUAUCAAGAUAAACCAAACACGCAGGGCUUCAUGUUCCAUGAUCAAACGGUCAAUAUGAUAGUUGUAGCCUUUAGAGGUACCGAACCUUUUAAUGCAUAUGAUUGGAGUACGGACAUGGAUAUCUCCUGCUUUGACAACCAACAAAUGGGGAAGAUCCAUGGAGGGUUCAUGAAAGCUCUAGGCUUAGUAAUGAAACAAGGUUGGCCCCCAAAGCUCCCUGAGGAAAAACAAGGUAAAAACUUGGCUUAUUAUAGCAUAAGAGAGGAGUUGAGAAAGAGGUUGGAGGCAAAUAAAGAAACCAAAUUUAUAGUGACUGGUCACAGUCUGGGUGGGGCACUUGCAAUUCUGUUCCCAGCUAUUCUGGCAUUGCAUGAAGAAACAACUUUGUUGGGGAGAUUGGAAGGGGUUUAUACCUUUGGGCAACCCAGAGUUGGAGAUCAGAAGUUCAAGACGUUUAUGGAAAUGCAGUUUCGUAAAUAUGGUAUCAAAUACCUGAGGUUUGUUUACUGCAAUGACUUGGUUCCUAGAUUGCCUAUGGAUGAUCCUGUAACUUCCCUGUACAUCCACUUUGGGCAAUGCCUUUACUUUAAUAGUUGCUAUCGAGGGCAGGUAAACCUUUCUUUUCUCUUUAAUUCCCACACUAUUCAUUCAUCCAUCAAUUUAAGAAGAAAUUUUUUUUUUCUUUUUGGGUUGCAGGUACUUGCUGAAGAACCACACAAGAAUUACAUUUCGAUGUUUGGAUCGAUCCGGAGGUUCUUUAAUGCAUUGUUGGAGCUAUUAAGGAGCUUUUAUCUGCCAUUGCUGAAGGGAUCAGAAUACAGAGAGAGUUUAUCGCUGAUACUGAUGGUCAGGUUUUCUGCGCUUCUUUUCCCAGGCGUGGCAGAUCAUAAUCCCUUGGAUUAUGUGAAUGCAACUCGAUUGGGAACUAUCAAAGUAUAUGAAGAAGUUGAAUCUUCUAAGAACUCCAAGAAGUCUAAUUGA